AUGACUUGGGGCCGCUUGUUGCUGCUCAGCUCUUUGGGCUCGCCCUUGGCUUCGGCUUUGCCCGGCCAACUCUUCGCUCGCACUACCGAUGCUGCUGAGACAGCUACGGCUGCUGCUCCGCCUGUGGUGACCUACUCGACCUCUCAGGCGCAUACUCCAUACACCGGAACCCCCACCACUACUGGAGCCCUGACUGCCAGCUCCAUCGGCCCUGGAGUCUCGCCUCUGCCUCCUGCGCCGGGGGCAUUCGACUAUCCUAGUGAUGGAGAGCUUCAUGCCCCUCAGCCUGGUCCAUACAUCCCUGCAGGAGGCGUUGGGACCAACGGCACUGAGCCCGUCUACAAUGCAAAGAGUGACUUCGACUUCGAGUCACUGGCUCUCGCUCUCUACCAAGAGUACAUUGAGCUCGAUCUGUUCCACGACGGACUGGCUCGCUUCUCGGAGGAGGAUUUUACUGCUGCUGGAUUGGGCGCAGAGGAUCGCCAUCUGAUUGAGUUCAUGGCCGACCAGGAAGUUGGACAUGCCACCAUGUUGACCAACAUCUUGGGCGCUGCAGCCCCCAAGCAGUGCAACUAUGUCUACCCUUACACCACUGUCCACGAGUUCAUCGACUUCUGCCAGAAGCUCACUCGCUUCGGUGAGGCUGGUGUCUACGGAUUCUUGGCUCACCUUGAUUCCCGCGAGGCUGCGACCCUUCUUACGCAAGCCAUCACCACGGAAGCCAGACAGCAGCUCAUCUUCCGUCAGUUCGAGGGUCUCUUCCCCAUGCCGGUGUGGUUUGAGGUUGGUGUUCCCCAGUCCUGGGCCUGGACUCUUUUGGCUCCAUACAUUGCCGACUGCCCCGCCGACCAAACUCGUCUGGCCUGGCAAAACUUCCCUGCUCUGAGCAUCGUCAACCAGCCCAACCCCUUCCGGAUCAAGGGCUCUGAGGCGUCUGGCGAGACCAUCAGCAACGGCACCAACGUGUCGAACAGCACGGUGGUUCCCGAGUCGGACUCGUGCCUGAACUCCACUGAGGUUGGCAUUAACUGCUCGCCCGCGAUCACCCGCAACCGCACCAACCCCCUCUCCUUCCCUGGCCGUCAAGUCUUCCUGACCUGGGAGGAGCCCGGCAAGGCCGUGGGCCCGAACAACAGCUACGUGACUUCGACCAGCGCGGGCGCGCCCAAGUUCGUCGCCUGGGCCUCGCAGCUGAACGUGACCUACUCGCCUCUGACCCUCAACGGAUCGAACUCGGGCUCGACCAUCCAGCCCGAUGUGUCGACCUACGCUGGUGACCCGGCCGCCAACGGCACUCUCUUCAUUGCCAUCACGGACUCGGACCUCUUCGUGACUCCGUUCAACAUCACCAUGCUGAACCCUCAUGUCGUGGCCGGACCCGCUCUGUACCAGUCUGGGUAG